GCAGCCCCCGUUUGUUUUCUCACAAGACAGUCCAGACAGGAGCCAGCAGCCAGCCAGGCGCGUGGAGCCUGUCAAGUUGACCUUACACAACUGGCCAGACCAAUCACAACUCGCUUCUUACUGACCACAUCAGCAGCGCUGGAUUAGCUGUCUGCAAAGUAAAAAAAAAAAAUUGGUGUGGUGCUGGCCCAUUUGCGCAGGACGUUCAUUGUACCGACCGCGACUGAUGAUGUAGAGCCACGAAACAAAUAAGCAACUGGUCCAAUUUGAAACCAGAAACACGCCUCUUCCAUCCAUAUUUGCAUAGAAAAUAUGUAUAUGUAUCCAAAAGCGGCGUAUCUCCGCUCGUCUGCUCAGCGUGUCGCCUUGCCCUCCACACGCGCCUUCUCCAAAAUCAUGCUCACACGCUCGCCCUCCACUUGGAUGCUCUUCUCCAAAACCAUGCGCGCACACGCGUUGACCGCGACAUUGCCGGCGGCGUUCAGCCAUGCAGUUCCCUCUGGACGCUGCCGCCUCACCGAUCACACAUUGUAAACCGGUUUGGAUCUCUCCGCGACAAACAAGCCCUUUACUGCUGCUUAUGGGCAGGAUGCAUAUCAGGAGGUGAAUUUACUCUUCAGUUUCUGUCACCAAAUAAUACAGCAGAGCAAGCUAAGGUAAUCCAGUUAGGAGAGCGAUGCCAGAUCAAGUAAAUUAAACGUGUGAUAUAACGGACCAUUAAGGACUUGAUCAAGAAUGACCGCUAAGUAUCAACCCACCAGGAUAGGAGAAGUGAUGCGAGAUCAAUUAAACUAAACGCGUGCAGUAACAGAUCAUUAUAAGUACUCAGUACUUAAUCAUGGAUGCCUGCUAACUAUUAACACGGCAAUCCAUGAGCAAAAAGUCAACUUACCGACAGGCAAUCGCAGGCGAAAAUGUCAAGGUGUGAACGUGGACGAUGAUGCACCGGAUAGGCAAUAGCAGCCAAUCCUUGACCCAUUUCUCUUUCCUUCGCCUGAGAGCGACCUGAGAACAGAGGAUCAAACAAAAAGGAGCCGUGAGCAGCUUGUGUCCCGUUCCUCUCGUGCUCUUUCUUCACCAGCCCGGCCAUUCAUUGGUUCCCUUCGCUAGCUUCCUCAGAAAGCCAUGCAGAUGCAGCCACGCCAUUGCCCAAGCAGGAGGCCUUUCCUCGGCCUGGCGCUCUUGCUGCUGGUCCUCGUCUUGGUCUCGCCGGCCAGCUCCUGCACGGAGCAGGAGAGGAGCUCCCUCCUCCAGCUCCUCGCUGGGCUCUCGCGGGACAACGGGCUCACGGCGUCCUGGCAGAGGGACACGGACUGCUGCACGUGGGAAGGGAUCACCUGCGGCGGUCCCGAUGGGGCGGUCACUGGUGUUUCGCUGGCUUCUCGAGGCCUCAAGGGAUCCAUCUCGCCGUCCCUGGGUAACCUCACCGGCCUCCUCCGCCUCAACCUGUCACGCAACUUGCUGUCUGGCGGCUUGCCGCUGGAGUUGGUGUCGUCCAGCAGCAUCGUCGUCCUUGACGUCAGCUUCAACCGCCUGACUGGAGGCCUGAGCGAGCUGCCACCUUCAACACCUGCGCUGCCUCUGCAGGUACUGAACAUCUCGAGCAACCUGUUUACAGGAAGGUUUCCAUCUGCUAUAUGGGAGGUGAUGAAGAGCCUGGUUGCACUCAAUGCCAGCACCAACAGCUUUACUGGGCAGAUACCAAUUACGCCCUGUGUGAGUGCGCCAUCUUUGGCCGUGCUCGAACUCAGUUUUAAUGAAUUCAGUGGAAAUAUCCCUCCAGGGCUCAGUAAUUGCUCCGUCCUCGAACUGCUCGGCGCUGGCUACAACAACCUCAAUGGGACUCUUCCGGACGAGCUCUUCAAAGUUACCUCGCUAGAGCACCUCUCUUUACCUAGCAAUGGUUUAGAAGGAGCUAUCAAUGGCAUCAGCAAGCUCAAGAAUCUGAUCACCCUUGAUCUUGGGGGGAAUGGGCUCAGCGGCAGUAUUCCAGAGUCUAUAGGUGACCUGAAGAGAUUGGAGGAGCUGCAUUUGGAGCACAAUGACAUGUCAGGGGAGCUGCCAUCAGCUCUGAGCAACUGCACAAAUCUCGUAACAAUUGACCUCAAGAGCAACCAGUUCAUUGGAGAACUUACCAAGGUCAACUUCACAAGCCUGCCCAAUCUGAAAGUUUUGGAUCUUCUCUACAACAACUUCACCGGCACAGUUCCAGAAAGCAUAUACUCCUGCAGCAGGCUGACUGCACUGAGGCUAUCUCACAACAAAUUCCAUGGCCAGUUGUCAGAAAGAAUAGGCAAUCUGAAGUCUCUCUCAUUCCUAUCACUUGUUAAAAACUCCCUUACAGAUAUCACAAGAACACUUCAGAUCCUUAGGAGUUGCAGGAGCCUCACCACCCUUCUUAUCGGAUUCAACUUCAAGGAUGAGACCAUGCCAGAGGAUGUUAGCGUUGAGGGUUUUGAGAAUCUCCAGGUUCUUUCUAUAAAUGAUUGUUCAUUGUCUGGAAAAAUACCUGAUUGGUUAUCAAAGCUGCCAAAUUUGGAGAUGUUAUUUUUACACGACAAUCAGCUCACUGGACCAAUACCUGACUGGAUCAGCAGCCUAAACUUGCUCUUCUAUCUAGACUUAAUGAACAACAGCCUUACAGGGGAAAUUUCGAGUUCCUUAAUGGAUAUGCCAAUGCUAAAGUCGGACAAAACUGCACCUAAGGUCUUUGAGCUGCCUGUUUAUAAUAAGAGCCCAUUUAUGCAAUAUCUCAUGCCCAGUGCUUUUCCUAAAGUACUGAAUCUAGGGAUAAAUAACUUCACUGGCAUGAUACCUGAGAAGAUUGGUCAGUUGAAAGGACUCAUUUCCCUCAACCUGAGCUCCAACCAACUAUCUGGAGAGAUCCCAGAAGCAAUCAGCAACCUCACGAGCCUGCAGGCGCUCGACUUGUCUGGUAAUCAUCUCAUUGGUACAAUUCCAGCUGCAUUAAACAAUCUGCACUUCCUUUCGACAUUCAACAUUUCCAAUAAUGACCUAGAAGGGUCUAUUCCAGAUGUGGGCCAGCUUAGCACGUUUCCAAAUUCUAGCUUUGAUGGCAACCCAAAAUUGUGUGGUCGUAUGCUUGUAAACCAUUGCAGCUCAACUGAAACACCUCUGAUCACCCAGAGACAAAAGAAAAAGAAGGGUAUUUUUGCACUUGCAUUUGGUGUGUUUUUUGGAGGGCUGGCCAUUCUUUUCUUGCUGGCUCGUCUCCUUGUCUUGCUCAGGGGUACAAAUUUCAUGAGCAAAAGGCAGAGCAACAACAACAAUGACAUAGAGGCAACAUCUUCAAAUCUCAAUUCAGAAUACUCCUUGGUGAUGGUUCCACGAGGCAAGGGAGAACAAAACAAACUCACACUGACGGAUCUCCUGAAAGCUACAAAGAACUUUGACAAGGAUCAUAUCAUUGGCUGUGGAGGCUAUGGGCUAGUCUACAAGGCUGAGCUACCUGAUGGCUCAAAGGUCGCCAUAAAAAAGCUCAAUAGUGAAAUGUGUCUGAUGGAAAGGGAAUUCAGUGCAGAGGUUGAUGCACUCUCCACGGCAGAGCAUGACAAUCUUGUACCAUUCUGGGGUUACUGCAUACAGGGAGAUUCAAGACUGCUGAUAUACUCCUACAUGGAGAACGGCAGCCUGGAUGAUUGGCUUCACAACAGGGACACAGAUGACAACUCAUUUCUUGACUGGCCAAUACGGCUGAAGAUUGCACAAGGAGCAAGUCAGGGUCUAUCUUACAUCCACGAUGGAUGCAAGCCUCACAUUGUUCACCGUGACAUCAAGUCGAGCAACAUCCUACUGGACAAAGACUUCAAAGCUUAUGUUGCAGACUUUGGGCUAUCCAGAUUGAUCUUCCCCAACAGAACUCAUGUGACGACUGAGUUGGUCGGUACUCUCGGUUACAUCCCCCCAGAGUACGGGCAGGGAUGGGUAGCCACACUGAGAGGUGAUAUGUACAGUUUUGGUGUGGUCCUGCUUGAACUGGUCACGGGGAGGCGGCCUGUUCAAAUCUGUCCCAGGUCAAAAGAGCUUGUCAAGUGGGUACAGGAGAUGAGAUCCAAAGGGAAGCUGAUUGAAGUUCUGGAUCCAACGCUUCGAGGCACAGGAUAUGAAGAGCAGAUGCUGAAGGUGCUUGAAGUUGCUUGCCAGUGUGUCAACCACAAUCCUGGAAUGAGGCCAGCCAUACAGGAGGUGGUAUCUUUCCUGAACAGCGUAGAUGCUAACCUUCAGAAGCAAAAUUCAGUUAGCUCACAAUGUAGAUAGCAAAUUAUGCUGCAGUGUGCAGAGUAGAUCUUAUAGUUUAUAAGCAAGAGCUGCAAGUUCUGUGCUCACUAGCCUGAUUAGUUCUUUUGUACAGAUUGUGACCUGGCCCUAUACGGAAAUCUUGUAAUUCAUCUCCUCUUCCCCUCUUCGCAACACAAACUGUGUGCCAUGAGUAAUGAUAACAAGCAGUUGCUCGGUUCAUCGA